AAAAGAAGAAGAGACUCCAAAACUCACUGAACAGGGAAGCUAUGUCAGGAGACAAGGGUCCUCUGGACCAGCUCAAGGACCUGGUGGAGCUGAAGGACCAGCUGGAAGACAUUCAGAGACGGAUGGAGGAUGAGAUUCAGGCUGGGGUUCCUCCGGGAGGCAGUCUGCUGGGUUCUCCUUUCCUGAAGGGUUUUCUGGCCGGGUACGUUGUUGCAAGGUUUCGCUCUUCAGCUUUGAUGGGUGUUGCCAUUGGAGCGUGUACAGGUAUCUAUGCAGCGCAAAGAUAUGCCGUUCCCAACAUUGAAACCACCAUCAAAGACUACAUAAGCAACUUUAAAGGCGGUUCCAAAUAAGAGGUCCUGAAGAAAAGUAAGAAGACUAGAAGAGCAGGAGAGACGUCUGGAAACUUAAGGUGCCACUACAGCUGCAAACGGGAACAGAUAUAUAUAUUUCAUUAAACAACUUUUCUGUUGUUCUUAUUUCCAGCUUCCACAUCAAUAGGGAAAUUCUGCAAGCCAAUUUAUGGAGUAAGGGGACUCUUGCUUGGAAUAUCGGUGACUGACAUAUUCUAAAUUGAGCAUAUAGGCAAGAAUGUAUGAAGGAUUACAAUUUAGAUGAUUAAAUCGAGGGAGGCACUAUUUCUUUCCAAUAUGGUCAAUUGAAUGUUGGACUGCUGCCUGGAAGAGAAUCAAUAAAACUGCCAUAAUUGAUUUCUGUCCUCAACCCUAUACUCCCCACAAUAUGGGCUUUCUGAAGAUGUAUUGAUAUAUAAUAAGACUGACCAUUAUCCACAUGCGCAGGCCAGCUGUAUUUCAUCUAUUUUCUUUACACCAUAUCACUUUUGCUGUACAGAUAGCUGUUUAGUCUCCAAGAGGAAAUGUGUCAUUUUUCGCCCUCUUGCGGUCAGAAAUCAAUUGUAGCAGCUUUUACUAAUUUGCACUUUUUUUCCGCUCGAGGUAAUAUAGCUUUUACAGAUUUAUUCACCUCACACUCAGGUGGCUCUUCAUCCUAAAACGUGUCUACACCCUUCAUGUUUGUAGGUGUCAGAGCUAAAUCUGCUGUUGUGUGAUUUUGGGACAACACACCUCACUCAACAUGUUAUUAUAGGUCAAUUCUACACUUUGUCAAACAUUUUUAUUUUUUACUUAUAGAAAUCAUCUUUAGAAUGGUUCAUGGAAAAAAUAAUCCAUGAAUCCAAAAAUAUCACUCAGUUAAAAAUAUAAUACAUAUUUCUCUAAAUAUUCCACCUCAAUCUGCGUUAAUUAUUUUUUUACUCUAUGCCAAAAUAAAUAUUUUCUUGAAAGAUUGCACUUGUUUUACCAAAACAUGAAAGUGUGUGUGUGUAUUUGGAGUAUUUUAUGAAAAGUAUAUAAUAUUAACAGUGCCUAUUCUGGUCCGAACAUGAUAUCAUCUCAUGCUGUGUGCAAUAAUCUUUCUCGGUGGGGUUCUUCCUCUUUCAUAUGCUGGAAACUAGUUGAUCUUUUGCACUUGUAUGAAUUUUAGGGAUUUUAACGUUGUUACUUUCUUUUUCAACAAACAAUUAUUUUGUUUUGUGUCCGAAGACAUAUCAAAACCUGUCAAAAGAAAAUCAAUGAUACAGUUUAACGCACAAUAAUUGUGUGGCCUGAAAAAAGUAUUAGAUGUAAAAUAAGCCAUAUUUGAGUCCUUUUGGUUUGUACUUUGUCUGCAACGUGCGCUCUAUGUUUGAUAACUGGAAAACAAACAACGUGUGCCUAUAGACGAUCAUUGUUACUGUCUUUGUCUUUAUUGCAUGCUCUGUUUCUUUAUUUACCGUCUUCGACUUCUGCAUGUUUGUUCUUUUUUUGUUGAGGACUACCUAUCUUUGAACAUUUGAUAUGCUGUGGGUAGUAGAAUACGGGUCAAUGGGUGGUGCUUUAUUUCACUAUCAUGUCAUUAUGGGCUUUCACUCGGGUUGAAAUUCCUUUGUGAUAUUGUUAAAGAAAACCACCGGAAUUGUCAAAGAUUUUUAUUUGGAUUGUUCAAAUAAAUGGGAAAAAUACAGUC